AUGAUUGGCGUGGUGGUAGUAGGCGUUGGCAUCGCUGGUUCUGUGAGGAUCCGAGAUCUUCUUAAGCCAUUGCAAUCUAGUCCAUCAGAAAACCUGAAAAUUGUCGGUUUUGUUUCAAGGAGAGACCUUGGUGAGCAUAAUGGUGUGAAGCAAAUCUGCCUGGAGGAGGCGCUAAGGAGCAGUGAGGUUGAUGCUGCUUUCAUUUGCACGGACAAUCAAAACCAUGAGGAAAGUGUAAGGCGCUUCCUUGAAGCAGGCAAACAUGUUCUUGUUGAGUACCCAAUGGUUCUCUCUGCGCAUGCUGCACAUGAAUUGUGGCAAAUGGCAGAAGAAAAAGGUAAAGUCUUACAUGUUGAACACAUUGAGCUCCUUACAGAGGAAUACAGGGCACUGAAAAAAGAAGUGGAUGGGAGGACACUUGAGAAAGGAGUCCUCCAUUUCACAGGUGGACCUCUACAUAAGCAGCGCUCAGGAUUCACUGCAUUUAGUGGCAUAGCUCGGGUGACCUGGCUGGUUGACCUUUUUGGAGAGUUGACUGUUACCUCUGCUACCCAGGAAGAGAAUCCAGGAGAAGAUUACUCCAAGCUGACUGCACACUUUGUUACAGCAAAUAAUAAGCCAGUAACCUGGAUUGAAGAAAGAGCCCCUGGCAUGAAACGAGAGAAAAAAGUCAACUUUACAUUUACAAACGGAGUUCUAGAUAGUUUGCCUCCAGCUAGAAGAGGGUCUGUUGGGCCAUUUAUGCAGGAUCAGAACCUUUUUGCACAAAAGCUGUUGGGCCAAGUGCCUAAAGAAGAACUGGCAGCUGAGAAGAAACGCAUUCUGUAUUGCAUUGACUUAGCUGAGAAGAUAAAGCAAUAUUGUGAGCACUGA